UGAAAUGUGCCAAAGUAUAUUCAGCAUGUCUGGGUUAGCAAAGCAGCCAGCCCCAAUAGCAGGCAAAAGGUGAAAUCGCUGGUCCCCAGAUUGAAGUUGAGUGCCCCCCUACAUUAGGGCCCAGUAAAGAGAAUAAAAAGAUUUGGGGUAAACACUGAUUGACUUUAUUAGACAUUUGCUAAGUGCAAUGAGUAAAGCUUAUUUGGGAAUACAAUACUAUUUUCCCUAUUAAUUUCCGCGCCACACACAGACUGCAUUGCUGCUGCUUCUGUAAUGAGACCUAAUGAGACCCAGACCCCAAGCCAUCACUGCCUUAGUGAGCCGAGAUCCCCUCAGCGCUGCGUGUCCCCUUUAAGUGAACCCUAGGGCCGCCCCAAAUAUCGCGGUGUUUCGUACAGGAGAUCUCGCGAGAGACUCGCCGGCCAUUGCGAUUGGCUGACGGACACUGAAUGUAAGAUGGCGCCCAGGGAGCUGUGAGGCGAAAAUAAUCUAUCGGAAAAAAAGGAAUAAUAAUCACCCGAAGAGGGAGCGGGAGGACUGAGCAGAGCCCGGGGAGCCAAGUGUGUGGCAGCGGCACCGGAGGAGGAGGAGAGGGCCAAGCGGUGCCGGAGUGAAGCUCCCUCCUGACAAGGAGCGGGCGGAGCAGCUGGGGAUUUGACUCAGUUGUGUACGCUAUGAAUAAUUCUUUGGAGAACACCAUUUCGUUUGAAGAAUAUGUCCGCAUGAAGGCCCGUACAGUUCCACAGCACAGGAUGAAGGAGUUCCUGGAGUCACUGGCCUCAAAGGGACCUGAAGCCUUACAGGAAUUUCAGCAGCCACCACCCACCACCACCAUGGUCUAUCAACAAGGGGCUAAUUGCAUCUAUACAGACAGCACAGAGGUGGCAGGAUCCUUACUUGAACUGGCUUGUCCUGUUACAAGUGUGCAGCAACAGCAAGUGCAGCAGGAACAGCAGAUACAAGUUCAAGCACAACAGAUUCAUGAAGCACUCACCAGGCCUUGGAAUCUUCUCCACCCUGCCCCACAGCUGAAUCGAAUGAACCUCUCCCCCGAGGGGUCCCAGGAUUCUGGUAUUUCAGAAGACAUGUUGGUGCAGGUACAGCAGUCACCGCAGCAGGUAACGGGUCAACAGCUCUCGCCACAACUUAAUGUUCAUCCAUCAAAUGAGCAGCCAAUUCAAGUGCAAGUACAAAUCCAGGGUUCAGGACAGUCACAAACAGCGCAAACAAUACAGAAUCAGUCCCUGCAGAGCCAGACCCCUUCCCAGAUGCAAGUGGCCCAGAUUCAGGUCCAGCAUGUUCAGGCUGGCCAGCAAAUUCAGCCCUCUGAUAUGCAGGACGAUCAUAUACAGCAUCAGCAGAUCCAAGCACAGCUAGUGGCAGGACAGUCUGUGGGCAGCGGUAUCCAGAUACAGCAAACAGCCAGUGCUCUUUCCCCUCCACCCACUCAGCAAGGCUCCCCACGGGAAGUGGAGCGCCGAUCCAGCUCUUCGAGUGUCCUUCAGCCAGUAAAGAAGCGCAAAGUGGAUAUGCCAAUCACUUUGUCAUAUGCAAUCUCAGGACAGCCUGUUGCAGCUGUUUUGGCAAUUCCACAAGGGCAGCAACAGAGUUAUGUGUCUCUGAGGCCAGACUUACUAACAGUAGACAGUGCCCAUCUCUAUGGGGCCACUGGGACCAUUACAAGCCCAACAGGAGAGACGUGGACCAUCCCGGUCUACUCUGCUAAUGCCCGCAGUGACCUACCGCAGCAGAACAUAACCCACAUAGCCAUCCCUCCAGAGGCCUACAAUGCUGUCCACGUUACAGGUUCCCCCACUGUGGCGGCUGUUAAAUUAGAAGAGGAGAAGGACAAAAUGGUCAAAAAUACACACGAGGAAGUGGUGCAGACUCUUGCAAAUUCUCUGUUUCCAGCUCAGUUCAUGAAUGGGAAUAUCCACAUUCCAGUGGCUGUCCAGGCUGUGGCAGGGGCAUACCAGAAUACAGCACAGACUGUACAUAUUUGGGACCCUCAACAGCAAGCAACGCUACAUGAGCAAGUUCAGCAGCAUCAACAGCAGCAACAACAUCAGCUGCAGGCACAAGCUGUUAACGAAGUAGAACCACAACAGCAACCUUCUCCUGAACUUCUGCUUCCCAGUACCUUGAAACCAGAGGAAGGGCUUCAAGUAUGGAAGAACUGGGCACAGACAAAGAAUGCAGAGCUUGAAAAGGACUCCCAAAACAGAUUAGCACCCAUAGGAAGACGUCAGCUCCUAAGGUUUCAGGAAGAUCUCAUUUCCUCGGCAGUUGCAGAGUUAAAUUAUGGGCUGUGUCUAAUGACUAAAGAGGCUCGCAACAUGGAAGGUGAACCCUAUGAUGCUGACGUUCUCUACUACAUUUUUCUGUGUAUACAGAAGUACCUGUGUGAGAAUGGAAGAGUAGACGACAUAUUUUCUGACAACUACUACAUCAAGUUUACAGAGUGGCUUCAUGAGGUUCUGAAAAAUUAUCAGCCCAGAGUCACUCCUAUUGGAUAUGUGAUCCCCAGCCAUGUGACCGAGGAAAUGCUUUGGGAGUGUAAGCAGCUGGGCGCCCACUCUCCUGCCACACUACUUACAACACUUAUGUUUUUUAACACAAAAUAUUUUCUGUUAAAAACUGUUGACCAGCACAUUAAAUUGGCCUUCUCCAAAGUCCUAAGGCAAACGAAGAAAAAUCCUUCCAAUCCAAAGGAUAAGAGCACGAGCAUCCGGUACCUGAAAGCACUUGGGAUCCAUCAAGCAGGGCAGCAAAAAGGUUUCUCAAUAACAGACGACAUGUAUGCAGAGCAAACAGAGAACCCAGAAAAUCCAUUACGAUGUCCCAUUAAAUUGUAUGACUUCUACCUCUUCAAAUGCCCACAGAGUGUAAAAGGACGAAAUGACACAUUCUAUUUGACGCCAGAACCAGUCGUAGCACCCAACAGUCCAAUCUGGUAUUCUACACAGCCAAUCAGCAGAGAGCAAAUGGAACAGAUGCUAACCCGAAUUCUGCUCAUCCGAGAGAUCCAGGAAGCCAUUGUGGUUGCGAGUGCCAGCAACAUGCACUAAAUCAUUCUUUCUGGGCACAGAAGUCAUGUAAAAGGAAGAGAGGAAAUAAAGAAACCUGUACAGACUUUUACACUAUGAGAAGAUGCCUACUUUUUCUGUUAUUUUUAUUUUAUUUUUUAUUGGUGUAGUUAUGGAGCCCUUUUAGGCUUCUCCUGUUUAAAAUAAAGUGUAAGUAAAAGCGCCCAAAUGUGCAUUUAAAGACAAAAAAAAAUCUGCGUUCCUAAAUGGCUGGAAAGCGAAACGGUUAUUGUUAUUUUAAACCUUUUUCCCCCCCACCCCAUAUCCUUUUAGCAUGGUCUAGAAAUAUUUUAUUUUAUUUGGGAAAAGAAAGAAGGCAUCUUAGGUUGAAUGGGAUGGACUGUGCAGCUGCUCACGCCAUUGCCUACCACAUAUAUGGACAUUUAUUCUGUAUUUUCAGUUGCAGGGCCAAGCGACCCCUGGUUUUAUAUAACUACAUAUAUAAAAAUAUUUCAGAAAAAGUCGGAUUAUUUCACAUUAACCUGAAUAUAUUUCUUUUUUUUUUUUUUUUUCCUGGCCCAAAUUAUCAAGGCCUUAAACUGCAGGCAUAUGAGCCUAUGUAAAUUUAUUGUAAUAUAAUCUUGUGUAUCUGCUGCAGAUAUCUCCAUAUUUCUCCAUUGUUCUUAUGCUCUUUGUUUUAUUAAGAAUGACAAGCACGUCUUUUUAACAUGCCACUGACCAGUGUGUUUUUUAUUUAGAACCUAAUGCCCAGCCUCACUUUCCGUGGAAUGGAACUAUAUUUGGCAAAAACAAGAAAUUUUGAUAACUGAGAGAAAUAUUCACUAAGCCUCUUGCCGUGAACAUUACAUUUAUAAACGCAGAUAUAAA